UGUCCAAGCUGUUAAAAAUCUAAAAUUUUAAUCGUAAGAUUCUAUUAGUUGCCUGACAGAUCCAGCCUGUCCUUGAGCAAAAAUGGAAGCCAUCAAGAAAAAGAUGCAGAUGUUGAAGUUAGACAAGGAGAAUGCCAUCGACAGAGCAGAGCAGGCUGAGACGGAUAAGAAGGCAGCUGAGGACAAAUGCAAGCAGGUAGAGGAUGAGCUGGUCGCUCUGCAGAAGAAGCUGAAAGGAACUGAAGAUGAACUGGAUAAAUACUCAGAGGCUCUUAAAGAUGCCCAGGAAAAACUGGAGCAGGCUGAGAAGAAGGCCACUGAUGCCGAGGGUGAGGUGGCAGCUCUGAACAGACGCAUCCAGCUCGUGGAAGAGGAGUUGGAUCGAGCCCAGGAACGACUGGCCACAGCCCUGCAGAAACUGGAGGAGGCUGAGAAGGCAGCAGAUGAGAGCGAGAGAGGAAUGAAGGUUAUUGAGAACAGAGCAAUGAAAGAUGAAGAGAAAAUGGAAAUUCAGGAAAUGCAGUUGAAGGAGGCCAAGCACAUUGCUGAAGAAGCCGACCGCAAGUAUGAGGAGGUUGCCCGUAAACUGGUUAUUUUGGAGGGUGAACUGGAAAGAGCUGAGGAGCGUGCAGAGGUGUCUGAAGUGAAGUGUAGUGACCUCGAAGAGGAGCUAAAGAAUGUCACAAACAACCUGAAAUCUUUGGAAGCUCAAUCUGAAAAGUACUCGGAAAAAGAAGAUAAAUACGAAGAAGAAAUCAAGAUUCUCUCUGACAAGCUGAAAGAAGCUGAAACUCGUGCAGAAUUUGCAGAGAGAACUGUUGCCAAACUGGAAAAGUCUAUUGAUGACCUGGAAGAAAAACUCGCUCAAGCCAAAGAGGAGAACCUGGGCUUGCACCAGACACUGGACCAGACACUAAAUGAACUGAACUGUAUAUGAGGGGUGCAGAGCUGACAGCAGCCACAGGAGCCGCCCUGGCCCUGCCCCGCUCCUCUCCUUUCUCUCUCUGUAUCCUGGAAAAGCCAAUUAAGUUAUGACCGGCACGGCCGCCCCGUGGCUCCGGGCAUCCCUGGGGCCGGGGAGCCCCGCGGGGCCGGGCCGGGCCGGGCGUGUCCGUGCCCGGGCUGUUCUCACGGUUCCUUGCCCCUCCCCUGUACACCCCGGUAGAAGCUGCACCCGAGCGGCGGCGCCGCCUCCGCUGCCGUUUCUUAUUAAAGGAUUUCUCACAGUA